UCCUGGCUGCCGUGUGCCACUCUCGCCAACACCGCCAGAGACAGAUAUCCCCAGAAACAAGGAGCAAAGACACCACGGCAAACAUGUCGCCCCUUAUCGCCCAGAACCCCAACAACAGGGUCAUCCUGGGCCUGAUGACGUUUGGCCCAGACGAGAAGACAGGCGCGCGCAUCACGGAUGUGGUCGAAUUCGGAAAGAUCCUCGAUGUCUUCCAAGGCCGCGGCUACACCGAGGUCGACACGGCCCGCGUGUACGUCGGCGGCAAGCAGGAGGCCUUCACGGGCGAGGCCGACUGGCAGAAGCGCGGCCUUACUCUGGCCACCAAAGUGCGGUAUCCAAUGCAGGCCGGUGACAACGCGGCCGACAAGGCGGUUGCCUCGGUCGAGACGAGCCUGAAGGAUCUGGGAACCGACAAGGUUGAUAUUCUCUACCUGCACGCUCCCGACCGCAGCAUCCCCUUUACCGAGACGCUCGCGGCCAUCGACCAGCUGCACAAGGCCGGCAAGUUUGUCAACUUUGGCAUCUCCAACUUCGCCGCCUUCGAGGUGGCCGAGAUCGUCAUGACAUGCAAGCAAAACGGCUGGGUGCGCCCGACGGUGUACCAGGCCAUGUACAACGCUAUCACGCGCGGAAUCGAACCCGAGCUGCUGCCCGCGUGCCGCCGCUACGGCCUCGAUGUGGUCGCCUACAACCCGCUUGCUGGCGGGCUCUUCAGCGGCAAGGUCAAGUCCAAGGACAUGGUGCCUGCCGAGGGGCGGUUCAGCGACUCGUCCGCCGCCAUGGGCAAGCUGUACCGCAACCGCUACUUCAAGGACUCGACCUUUGGCGCCCUCAAGACGGUCGAGGAGGCCAUCGAGCGCCACCCGGGCCUGACCCUGAUCGAGACGGCGCUGCGUUGGAUCGUGCAUCACUCGGCCCUGAAGCCCGCGUGCAGGGGCGGCAAUGACGGCAUCAUCAUCGGCGUCUCGAGCGGCGCCCAGCUCGAGGACAACCUCAACAACCUCGAGAAGGGCCCGCUGCCCGAGGACGUGGUCAACGCGCUCGACGAGGCCUGGGCCAUCGCCAAGGGCGAGACGGCCAACUACAUUCACGGCGAGAUUGACUACAAGUACAACACUAGGGAAGCUCUGUUUGGCAAGAAGUAGGUGUGUGCCAGCCGAUAUCGUAGGAGAUAAGACUGUAUCAUAUAGGCUAGGCAGUUGUACACUAUUCCAAGCAAACGCCUGCCAGAUCAUACAUGAAACACAACGAUGAUUACCUCAUACGGCGAAUAAUCCCACGGGAAAAGCAGC